GGUCCCAACUAAAUAAUACACAAAGCAAUAUUUUUUAUACGGUUAGUUCGACUCAUAAAGCCCAUUAUUGUAUAUUCCCUUAAUAGGUUGUUCUCAGUGUCAGAAUGCCAGGCCGGCACGGCAAGCAAAGAAUUCGAAAGAAAAAAUCGAAGCGUGCGCCCGUCACUGAAAUGGAGCGCACGCUAAAAGAUAGUAUUUAUGGCCGUAAGCGAAAGGAAAGAGCAAUACUCAAAGAACUUUUGCCACCAAAAAUAACCCCUAAGAUCAAUAGAGUGGCGUUGUCGACCAACCUUCCGAUGUUUACUUCAUUAACUGGCACCCCUUCGAACGAUACAGAGAGUAAAGCAAAAGUCUCGUCAUCUAAUCCCUCAUUGUUGUCUAAAAAGGCUGUGUAA